AUGAUUAAAAAAUCGUCGAUAUUUAAUGGAUACGUUAAACAACAACGUAAUUUAUCAAAACAAAAACGUGAUUUAAUACAAGAUGUGCGUACGAGAUGGAAUUCUACGUUUUUAAUAAUUCAUUCGUUAAAAAUCCUACGCCCAAUCAUUAAAAAGCUAUUUCGAGAUAAACAUGUUUUAACAAAAAAUCGUAAACAACUAAAAAAAUUCAGCAAGCUCGAAUUGACAAGUUCUGAAUGGAACUACUUAGAAGAACUAUGGAAGGUUCUUCGCAGUUUUUAUAGUGCUACAAAAACAAUAUCUGGAAGAAAUUAUUGUACAAUUGGUGCAGCGUUUUUCAUAUUGAUGAAGUUGAAGGGAUCUUUAUCUGACGAUCAAAAUGAUAUUCUGAUUGUUAAACGUUUGAAAAAAUUAUUGUUGGCGAAGUUUAUUCAUUACUACGAACAAGAUCGAGACCAGCUGAACAUCUUGAAAUUCCACGCCUAUUUCGAUCCGCUCAGUCAUUCAUUAUUGUCCGAAAGUGAUAAACGUGCUGUCGAACAGCGUGUCAAACAAACAAUAACGAAUGGUGAUGUAAAUACGAACAGCCAAUCAUCAACAACAGCACCUACAUCGUUAUCUGCCCAAGCAAGUGCAAGAUCACCGAUUAUAGUUGACGUCGUGAAUUCUACUACUACAUCAACGGGUGGUUCUGGUCAAAAGAAAAAAGUUGCAGCUAUGGAAGCUUUUCUUAUGACUAUUGGUGAUACUGCUAUUUCAGCACCGGCUGCUACGAAGCGUGCAUCCAUUGUUGAAGAAAUUUAUAAUUACUGA